UAAACUUGCUGGAGCUGAGGCCAGGGUCUGCGGCGGCAGCAUGUUGAAAUGCUCAAAAAGGACUGAGUGACUCGGGCAAGCCACAUGCGGCUAGCGACAUGAAAGAAAUGGACCCUUCAUGAUGCGUUCAACGUGCCAGCGCUGUGGUGGGAAAGGCUCCAUCAUAAACACGCCCUGCGCCGAGGUUCAGGCCAAGAAGAAGAAGACGAUGACUUCCAAGCCCAAGAAGGUCGGCCUCAGCGUGGGCGAGCUGAUUGUGAAAGCCGUGGCCGCUUCCAAGGAGCGCAACGGCCUGUCCGUGGCCGCCCUCAAGAAGGCUCUGGCUGCCGGAGGCUAUGAUGUGGACAAGAACAAGGCCCGUGUCAAGACCGCCAUCAAGAGUCUGGUGGCGAAGGGCACUCUGGUGCAGACCAAGGGCACCGGGGCCUCCGGAUCCUUCAAGAUGAACAGGGUUACUGAGACCAAAGCUAAGACGCCCGCCGCGGCCAAAGCCAAGAAACCGGCAGCAGCUGCUAAGAAGUCGCUCAAGAAGGCAGCAGCAGCACUUCAGACACUAGCACAAAAUCAACCGCAUCAGAGGAGGGACAGGACAAAGCUGAAGGAGAAACUGCCUGCUAUUGGACUGUUGAAGUGGGAGAGGACAACAGAGUGAGAAGACUA